CCCGCGGCGCCCGGGACGGGGAGGGGGCGGGGCCUGAGCUCCGUUCAUCAGCUGCUAAGCUGCCUCCCAGUGACUCGUUCGAUUCCUUUCCCUACAAGGACUCGUCGUUGCUACUCCUACAACCUCACCACUUGGGAAGAACCUCUGGCAGUUUCAUAACUAAAUGUACACCUAUUCGAUGACCCAGCAUUCUUCUAAAGAUUUAUUUAUUUUAGAGAGAGAGCGCGCAAGGGCGAGGGGCAGAGGGAGAGGAAGAGAGAAACUUAAGCAGAUUCGUGCUGAGCAUGGGGCCAGGCUUGGGGCUCCAUCCCACCACCCUGAGAUCACGACCUGAGCGGGAACCGAGAGUCCGAGCCUUGACUGUGCCACCCCUCGAUGACCCAGUAAUUUCUCACUGAGUAUUUGAAAGUUCCCAGUGCUGGAGCUGCACCCGCUGGCCGGCUGUGUCCUGCGUGUUCCCCCGAGGGCCGGUGCAAGUUGAGGGGCCGCGCGAUCCCAGAGGUAUCCGGAAGACAAGGUCCCCUGCGCAUCUCUCCGCUUGACCUUCCCUGCUUCCUCGGACUCUGAGCACCCCCUCGCCCGCCCUGCUUCUUGGAAGCAGGCUUCCCUUUUGUUCAGGACCCCGCUUCCGCGGCGUAGGUGGGGCAGCCGAGGCUCCCCGUUCCUGGGUGCUUUGGCGCAGCUCAUCCACCGCUCUGGAAAUUACGGUGUAGGGCAGGAAUUUCGGUUGUGCGCAGGUCCCCCCUUACCGUCGCCGUGACCUCUGUGUUACCGGUGACCGCCUCUGCGGCCCCGCUGGGCUCCCCGUCGUGCCCACCGAGUCGUGGCCCCUGCGCCCCGGGCCUUGUGCGGAUCUGCGGAGGCUGUGGCCAUGCCGUCGGGCACCCCGGCGGCGCCGGCGGAAUUCGAGGACGCGGAGCUGCGGUGCCGCGUGGCCGUGGAGGAGCUGAGCCCGGGCGGGCAGCCGCGAAGGCGCCAGGCCCUGCGCACGGCCGAGCUGAGCCUGGGGCGGAACGAGCGCCGCGAGCUGCUGCUGCGGCUGCGGGCGUCCGGGCCCCCGGGCCCGCCGCGCUGCUUCCCUCUGCGGGCCGCGCGCCUCUUCUCGCGCUUCGCGGCGGCCGGACGGAGCACGCUGCGGCUCCCCGGCGCCGGCGCUCCCGGGGCGGGCGCCGUGCAGCUGCUGCUCUCCGACUGCCCGCCCGACCGCCUGCGGCGCUUCCUGCGCACGCUGCGCCUCAAGCUGGCCGCGGCCCCGGGGCCCGCGCCGCCCUCCGCCCGUGCGCAGCUGCUUGGCCCGCGGCCCCGCGACUUCGUCACCAUCAGCCCGGUGCAGCCCGAGGAGCUGCGGCGCGCGGUGGCCACCCGGGACCCGCGCGCCACGCCCGUGAAGCGGCCCUUGCAACCCUGCGCGGGAGCCCAGCCCAGCACCGAAGCCCCAAGGUGGCCCUUGCCUGUGAAGAGGCUGAGCUUGCCCCCCACCAAACCACAGCUUUCUGAGGAACAGGCUGCUGUGCUGAGGGUUGUCCUGAAAGGCCAGAGCGUCUUCUUCACUGGGAGUGCAGGGACAGGGAAAUCUUAUCUGCUGAAGCGUAUCCUGGGCUCACUGCCUCCCACAGGUACUGUGGCUACUGCCAGCACUGGGGUGGCAGCCUGCCACAUUGGGGGUACCACCCUCCACGCCUUUGCAGGCAUUGGCUCAGGCCAGGCUCCCCUGGCGCAGUGUGUGGCCCUGGCCCAGCGGCCAGCUGUGAAGCAGGGCUGGCUAAACUGCCAGCGGCUAGUCAUUGAUGAGAUCUCCAUGGUGGAGGCGGACCUGUUUGACAAGCUGGAAGCUGUGGCCAGAACUGUCCGGCAGCAGAACAAGCCAUUUGGAGGGAUCCAGCUCAUCAUCUGUGGGGACUUCCUGCAGCUGCCACCUGUAACCAAGGGCUCCCAGCCCCCAAAGUUCUGCUUUCAGGCCAAGAGCUGGAAAAGGUGUGUCCCAGUGACCCUGGAACUGACUGAGGUGUGGAGGCAGGCAGACCAGACCUUCAUCUCUCUGCUACAGGCUGUCAGACUGGGAAGGUGCUCAGAUGAAGUGACCCGCCAGCUCCAGGCCACAGCCUCCCACAAGGUGGGGCGAGAUGGGAUUGUGGCCACAAGGCUCUGCACUCACCAGGAUGACGUGGCCCUCACCAAUGAGAAGCGACUGCAGGAACUGCCAGGUGAGGUACACAGCUUUAAGGCCAUGGACAGUGACCCCAAGCAAGCCCGGACUCUGGAUGCCCAGUGUCCUGUUAGCCAGAUCCUUCAACUAAAGCUAGGGGCCCAGGUGAUGCUGGUGAAGAACCUAGCAGUGUCCCGGGGCCUGGUGAAUGGCGCCCGAGGGGUGGUCGUGGGGUUUGAGACGGAGGGGAGAGGGCUGCCCCAGGUGCGGUUCCUGUGCGGAGUCACCAAGGUCAUCCAUGCUGACCGCUGGACAGUGCAGGCCACUGGAGGCCAGCUCCUCAGCCGGCGGCAGCUGCCCCUUCAGCUGGCCUGGGCAAUAUCCAUCCACAAGAGCCAGGGCAUGUCCCUGGAUUGCGUGGAGAUCUCUCUGGGUCGUGUGUUUGCCAGUGGCCAGGCCUAUGUGGCCCUCUCCCGGGCCCGCAGCCUGGAGGGCCUGCGUGUGCUGGACUUUGAUCCCAUGGUGGUUCGCUGUGACCCUCGUGUACUGAGCUUCUAUGCCACUCUGCAGAGGGGCAGGGGCCCCAGCCUGAAGUCUCCAGAUGAUGAUGAGGCAGCCUCAGACCAGGAGAAUGAGGACCCAAAUCUUUGAGCCUCAAAGAGAAGACAAAGAAUGAUCUCCCCUUCUUCCUCCUCCCUAGUGGACCAGGGUCCUGGGGGAUAACUGGGGGAGGAUAGCCAGUGUCUCUUUUUCCCUCCACUAAGGCUCUCAGCCUUCUGCCAGGGUACAAGGGUGAGCACUUCCUACCCAUUUGCCAGCUGUGCCUCUGUUUCUCCCUUGCCCUGAGAAAGAAGUAAGCCUUUCCAGGCCAGUGGGACAGGGCCUGUGGUAGCACCUGGUAUUCUAGAACAAAGCUCUCUGUGAGGGCUGGCCCAGGGCCACAGAGUUGUGAAUGCUGUUCUCUUUGGGCUGCAGAAGGGAGAGGCAGUGCAAACAGGUACUCCAGGAGCAGGAACAGGCUAUAGGAGCCCUGGACUGGGAGACUCAGGCCAAGUACAGGCCCCAAACAGAGAAGGGAACCUGGGGUUACUGUCACAGCUAAACCCAGGCUAGCACAAGCCAGGACGAACACCCUCCUGCGCCUAACCUGAGAAUACAAUGCAAACCAUGUGCCUCUAUCUUAAGCUGCUUUUUUGGAAAAGAAAUAGUAUUUAGGGGUAUUGAGAUGGAUAUUCUCAGAUUAUAUUUAUUUAGGACAAAUAAACUUGUGACUCAACUGCAA